GCUGCUGUAUCCUCUGCUCGGCGCUCUCCGGCUCCUCACCAACCCUCUCCAGCUCCUCACCCACAGCCCAUGCUUUGGAGCUCUCUCUCAGCCCCCUCCCCACUGGAUCCGUACCCUUCGACAUGGAUGUCCCGCCGUCCCUCGACCCGGAGGAUUGUUGUUUCUUGGCGCAGUGAAGGAGGAGAAGGAGACGGUGGAAGGAAUCAUGCCGGGACUGCUAAUGGAUUUAGGGAGAGCGCAAGUGACCAUGCCGUGAUCUUGCGCAUCCAGGGCCGCCGUCACCCUGCCUUGCCCAGCGACCGGAGAAGAAUUACGGGGGAAUCGAACCCGCGCACCGGGGGGGUUUAAACCACUGUGCAUUCUUUUUUUUUUCCAAAACAACAUGAAGAUUACCUCCCAUCAUCUGAUGAUAACCAGUCUCGUUUUCAGGUCCAACCUCAGGCUGAUCCCGCUUCUGCUGCUGCUGCUUCUUGGAUACACUCGCGGGAUGCCACACGUUUUGAGAUUCGGAGGAAUAUUUGAAUCCAUUGAGAGCGGCCCCUCCGGAGCAGAGGAACUAGCCUUUAAAUUUGCCUUGAACACAAUCAACAGGAACCGCACCUUGCUCCCCAACACCACGCUGACCUAUGACAUCCAGAGAAUCAACAUCUUCGACAGCUUUGAGGCCUCCAGGAAAGCAUGUGACCAGCUCUCCCUCGGGGUGGCGGCCAUUUUUGGCCCCUCGCACAGCUCGUCGGCCAAUGCAGUCCAGUCCAUCUGCAACGCUCUGGGAGUGCCCCACAUCCAGACCAAGUGGAAGCACCAGGUGUCGGACAACAGGGACUCGUACUUCGUCAGCCUGUACCCCGACUUCUCGUCCCUCAGCAGAGCCAUCCUCGACCUGGUGCACUUCUUCAAGUGGAGGACGGUCACUGUUGUCUAUGACGACAGCACAGGUACAGGUCUCAUUCGACUGCAGGAGCUAAUCAAGGCGCCGUCACGAUACAACAUCCGUUUGAAGAUCCGACAGCUGCCCACCGAGACCAAGGAUGCCAAGCCACUUCUGAAGGAGAUGAAGAAAGCGAAGGAGUUCCACGUCAUCUUUGAUUGUGGACAUGAGAUGGCUGCCUGGAUCCUAAAGCAGGCCCUCGCCAUGGGGAUGAUGACAGAGUACUACCAUUAUAUUUUUACUACUCUGGACCUUUAUGCCCUGGACAUGGAACCGUAUCGUUUCAGUGGCGUCAACAUGACGGGGUUCCGCAUCCUCAACACAGAAAAUUCUCAGGUGACGUCAAUCAUCGAGAAGUGGUCAAUGGAGCGGCUACAAGCCCCGCCCAAACCGGACUCCGGCCUGCUGGAUGGAUUCAUGACGAAAGUAGACCUGGCAGUGGCUCCUCUGGCCAUCACCUACGUCAGAGAGAAGGUCAUCGACUUCUCCAAGCCCUUCAUGACGCUGGGGAUAAGUAUCCUGUAUCGCAAGCCCAACGGCACCAACCCCGGGGUCUUUUCCUUCCUCAACCCCCUCUCACCCGAUAUCUGGAUGUAUAUUCUGCUGGCUUGCUUGGGUGUCAGUUGUGUGCUGUUUGUCAUAGCCAGGUUUAGCCCUUACGAGUGGUACAACCCGCACCCGUGCAACCCCGACUCAGAUGUAGUGGAAAACAAUUUUACGCUGCUCAAUAGUUUCUGGUUUGGAGUUGGGGCUCUCAUGCAGCAAGGAUCAGAGCUCAUGCCCAAGGCCCUUUCGACUCGAAUAGUGGGAGGCAUCUGGUGGUUCUUCACCCUCAUCAUCAUUUCCUCGUACACGGCCAACCUGGCGGCCUUCCUCACCGUGGAGAGGAUGGAGUCGCCCAUAGACUCGGCCGACGACCUGGCCAAACAAACUAAAAUCCUGUACGGCGUGGUGGAGGACGGUGCCACGAUGACCUUCUUUAAGAAGACGAAAAUCUCCACCUACGACAAGAUGUGGGAGUUCAUGAACAGCAGGAGGCAGUCCGUGGUGGUGAAGGAUGUGGAGGAAGGAAUCCAGCGCGCCCUGACCUCGGACUACGCCUUCCUCAUGGAGUCCACCACCAUCGAGUUUGUCACGCAGCGCAACUGCAACCUCACGCAGAUCGGGGGCCUCAUAGACUCCAAGGCCUACGGAGUGGGAACACCAAUGGGCUCUCCAUACAGAGACAAGAUCACUAUAGCCAUUUUGCAGCUGCAGGAGGAAGGGAAGCUGCACAUGAUGAAGGAGAAGUGGUGGAGGGGGAACGGCUGUCCUGAAGAGGAGAGCAAAGAGGCCAGCGCCCUGGGGGUGCAGAACAUCGGCGGGAUCUUCAUCGUGUUGGCUGCGGGACUGGUGCUGUCAGUGUUCGUGGCCGUGGGGGAGGUCCUCUACAAGUCUAAACAGAACGCACAGCUGGAGAAGCGGUCAUUCUGCAGCGCCAUGAUGGACGAGCUACGCGUGUCUCUGAAGUGCCAACGCCGGCUCAAACAAAAGCCUCAGCCCCCCGUCAUCGUUAAGACCGAGGAGGUCAUUAACAUGCACACGUUCAAUGACAGGAGACUCCCGGGAAAGGAAACCAUGGCGUGAGCGCUAAACGCACCCCAAAACACUCCCCAGUAAAACCAACGAGAGGACAGGGGGAGACUGGGAGACAUUAACGCUGACUUAACCCCAAACUGAAGUUAGCAGUCCAAAAACAGGAUUCCUUUUGAACCCACUUGCUUAUGUAGACAGAUGUUUCCUGUGGAAAUAUAGAAACCUGAGCAGUGUCACCUCACUGUGACGUUCACUAUUUUGAAGGGAGCUGGAAAAGGAAGGACUUGUGGGGAUUUUUGUGCUGAUGACGUGUGUAAAUUGAAACGAUCCGAGUAGGUUUGGGAUAAAAAACAUAAGUGUGAACACACGUAACACAUGUAUGCACACACGCUCAUCUGACACCUGUGCAGAAGGGAAAACUCUAUUGUGACAGUAACACCAGAUGUAGAUUUUUCUGUUGAUGUCAAUGCCCUUUUGUCUUACCUCCAUGUGUGUGUGACACCCCCCUCCCCCCGCCCUCCCCUUUGUUCCCUCCCUCCCUUCAGUGGCUUGAGUUCCUUUCAAAUGAUUUGAGCAAACGCUAAUCUCACACCAACAGCGGGAGCAGUAGACUGAUCCAAACGGUUUACUGACGUGAAACUGAUGUAUAAAAGUGAUGUUUAGUUCGGAUUCAUCUAUGCUGACCUUGUUGACCACCCAUCGUUUUCUUCUGUAACGCCUUUCUUGUGCCAAAGGUCUGCCAUUGUAUAAGAACUUCCCAUCAUGCCUACUAUGUUCGAAGCCUCCAAAAGCAAACGUACACUGUCAAAGUCCUCAUCCAUGUCCAUCCUCACGCGCGGUCUGCAGUUUUCACUCUGUAUCGGUUGUUGUUUAAAAUGCAGUAUUUCUACAAAAAUGUUUGUUUUUGUACAAGAACGAGAAGUUUUGUAGUACUUUGUAUCAUGGUAGCCCCUCCCGUGGAUAAAAUAUGUAGCAGAUACCAACUCAGCCCUCAAACUCUGACAACAGGCGGCGGCUGUGGGGCUCAAAACUCUGCUGUGUAGGGUUCAUCUCUGUCUCUCAUCGUCCAGAGAUUCAGUCUUUUUUUUCGGUCUCGUGGGGCCAACGAUUACAGUGUCUGGGGACAAUGUGGUGGAUUUUGGUGGGUAUAUAAGAACAAUGGAACUGUAAGCGAAGGUGGUGACUCAUUCUACAAAUUGCAACUGUCAGCAUCAUCCGUAACGAGCGGUUAUUGUGGCUGAGUCAUAGUAAAAUAUGCGAGUUUAGCUUGUAGAUACCAGGCGAUGAUGUUGCUAUCAUGCUACAUUUUAGCCUCAGGAAAACUGUAAAAGAAAAAAUCUGAUUUUAUCAUGAGACUUUUUUUAGUAUCAAGUCUCACUUUUAUAGAUUAGUGGAAAUAAUGUAAUAAAAAAAUAUAAUAAUACAAUACACUGUACCCUAUACUGGGUUUUUUGAGGUCAUUGGUGAUGAUAUAUCAGUAUUUUUUCAAUUUAAUUUUGAUCAUGUCCCACCCCUUCACAAAAGUUAAUGAAAAUGAUUUAAGUAUUUUUUUUGCGUAAUCCUUCUAAAUAGCAAACAAACAAAUACAUUUGAUAUGGAUUCAUUCUAACCAGGACAUGUAACAGUAAAAGAAAAUCAGCUUGUUCUCUAAACUACUUAGGACCUAGUUUUAUUUUACUGCAGUUUCUUGUCACUUAUCAACUGAUAUAUACGUUUAUUCCAAAAUAUCUAAAUUAAGAUUAGCCUGACCACAUUGUCAGAAAAGCUUUACAAAUAAUUCAUUAUAGUGAUAAGAGUGUUCUGUUCAGUUUGGUUAUUAAUACAUCAGGGUAUUGAUGAGGCCAUCAUUUCUUUAAAAAGAGUUUUAUAUUUGGGUAGAAAUCUCAUAUUUUAAACUUAUUACAGAAAUAUUUCCAUUAGGACUCGAUGAUGGACAGAAAUGUCACUAGAAAAUGUAGAUAUUUACACCACAGGGUCUAUUAUGGGGAUCUUCUGGAGCUUUCUGUCAUUUCAUGGUCAUCAUCAGGGGAUGUGAGAUUUGAGGCGUGCUAUGCUUUUUCAGUUUUCCCUUAUUCCUCUAGUGUUAUAGGUUUUCUGUGUAUUUAUAAAAGUCUAUCAGACAGAGGCUGAAAUUAAGAUUAUGAACCUGAACAUGAGCAUAAUUUGUCUCCUUUAAGCCAACGUGAGAUGAGAAAUCUGAACAGUGGCUGAUGAGGAUCAUGUCAUAUGACUAGGAGCUCCAGUUUGGCCACUUAACGAACCCUGUGGUGAUAUUAUUUUUUUUCAACUGCUGAUUUUAAGCUCAAGAGGGAAUUUAUAAGUUACUUGUCAAUGUAUGAAACAUUACGGCUGCAGGUGUGGGAAUAACGGCCAGCAUCAAGGCACUUUGCUGUUUGUUACCAUAUAUGAUGAUGAUGAUGAUGAAGAAGAUGAUGGCGUUGGUGGCGGCUUGUGGGCGGAGCAGAUCAUUUAUCCACUAAUUGUCUCCAAACGUGUAUUCUCUUCACCAUCACACGUGGCCCCACUGCACCUCAUGUAUGACGCUGUUCCACGUUGAGAAAUGACAAGCAUACUCGGUGGGUCACGACAUCCCUGACCCUGUCGUCUCAUUCGACCAGUUUAAUCAUUUGGUCUGUUGUUCCACAGAUUCCAAAAAACUAAAAGAAGAAAUCAAAGCUGGCGAUGCCAUCUCAGCUGUUCAUGAAUGGAUAUAGUUAAUGACUUAUUUCAUUUGCACAUUAUGAAGAUUGACAGAGGAGACGUACGCCUGGAACCCGUUGGCGUUCUACCAGUGUGGCUUGUCAUUUUCCACCCAUAGCUAAAUCUAUAAGCUGAACCGAUCGAGUACCCGAAAAAAUCAUUUAUUCGAAACGACUACAAAGGCUUUGCUGUCCUGUCGAAAACAAAAAUGAGCUCAUGGAAUUUGACAUUGAUGCAAGGUUUUACAAAUAAUGUCAUUAAAAAAUGUCAUAAUUGUA